GGUAGGGGCCUUUAAGAGGGGGAGAAGGGGGGAGAGAGAGAGUAUGUGUCUCCCCCCAGCACAUUAAUCUAUCAUGAGCUAAUGUGUUUUGCCCAUUCUGUUCCUUUGUACUAUCGCCAAGGCGUGCGCGCACACACUCACACACACACACACACACACACACACUCACCCGCGCUCUCUUGUUGCACUUCUGCCACCGAGCUCUGAUGGUUGGCUGGGCCUGAGCGAGUCCGCGAGAGACAGAGAGAAAGAAAGAGAGAGAGAGAGAGAGGCAGAGUGACUGACAGGCAAGGCAGACGGAGGCAGAGGAACAAAGCCGAGACAACAAUGGGAAAUACACCGUCUCAAGGCAUGUCAAUGUUCAUCCAUUCUUAAGUAGCAGGCGUCGGGCGAAUUGCAGGAGGGAAGAAACCUGGACUCUGUUCCCUUUGUUUAAAGUCACCAGAUCCCGAGAGGACCAGCGCCCACAUGAUCUCGGCAGACGAUGCAGAAUAUCCACGGGAAUACCGGACCCUGGGCAAUGGCACACGCCGAUUCUCCAACGUAGGCCUGGUGCACACCUCGGAGCGCCGGCACACGGUCAUCGCUGCCCAGAGCCUGGAGGCCCUGACAGGGCUCCAGAAGUCUGAGAUGGAACGGAAGCGAGAUGCCUUCAUGGACCACUUGAAGAGCAAAUACCCCCAGCAUGCUUUGGCCAUCCGAGGACAGCAGGAGAGGAUCCGGGACCAGCCCCUCCUGGAAAUGUGGCAGCCCCAUCUAGCAAGGAAGGCUGGCUAUAGCCCUGAUCGACCAGCCAAGAAGGAGGAGGAGGAUCAGGCGAGAGAGACCCACACGAUUGGUCCUGCCCACAUGGUUCAAUAUACAGAUGCUUACUGCAGCAGUGUGGGAUCGCCACGAAGAAGCAGUUCCCACACCGCUGAGACCCGAAGCUCCCGGCACUCACAGGGCUCCCAGCCUGGCCUGGCCGAUCAAGCCAAACUCUCCUUUGCUUCUGCCGAGUCUCUGGAAACCAUGUCUGAAGCUGAGCUGCCCAUUGGGUUUAACAGAAUGAACCGGUUCCGGCAAAGCUUGCCUUUGUCCCGUUCCACCAGCCAAACAAAACUCCGGUCUCCAGGUGUCCUUUUCCUGCAGUUUGGGGAUGAAACAAGACGGGUUCACAUCACCCACGAAAUCAGCAGCAUGGACACUCUGCAUGCCCUUAUUGUCCACAUGUUUCCUCAGAAGCUGACAAUGGGCAUGCUCAAGUCCCCCAACACUGCCAUCCUGAUCAAGGACGAAUCCCGUAAUGUCUUCUAUGAGCUGGAGGAUGUCAGGGAUAUCCAGGAUAGGAGCAUUAUCAAAAUCUACCGGAAAGAGCCCCUUUAUGCUUCCUUCCCCGGAUCCCACAUCACCAACGGAGACCUGAGGAGAGAGAUGGUCUACACUUCCAGGGAGUCCUCUCCCACCCGGCGCCUAAACAGCAUGUCACCUGCUUCUCACCUCACCUCUGGAUCGCCUCCACCAGUGCUCCAGUCGUCUUCGCCGUCCCGCUCCCGCAUGUCCUACAGCGGCGGGCGCCCGCCUUCCUACGCCGGCAGCCCCGUGCACCACGGCGAGCGGCUCUCCAACCUUCCUCCAGCCCAGGGGGUCUCGCCAAGCCCAAGCGCUAUCUUGGAACGCCGGGACGUCAAGCCAGACGAAGACAUGGCUGGGAAGAACAUGGUGCUUGUGAAGAACGAGGGCCUGUAUGCCGACCCCUACAGCAUGGUGCACGAAGGGCGCCUGAGCAUCACGUCCACGCAGUCCCUGGCUGGGAUGGGGGACCCCUUUGCCUACCCAGGGGGUCUCUACAAGCGGGGCUCUGUCCGUUCCCUCAGCACCUACUCAGCUGCUGCCCUGCAGUCCGAACUGGAAGACAGCUUGUAUAAGCCCAACGCACAGAUCUACAGCGACACCUACGGUCCGGGGAUGGGCUUCCGCUUGCCCCCUUCGUCGCCGCAGAAAAUUGCAGACGGCCGGCUGGUAGAUGUUCAGCAGAGCCAAAGCCCCCACAGCCCUUACUCAGGGCCCCCAAGCCGUUCCUCUCCAGUCCGCCAGACCUUCCGCAAAGACUCAUGCUCCUCGGUCUUCAUGGAAAGCCCUGUCAACAAGCCAAGGAAUCCCAGCUCCUCAGGGCCCCCAGAGCUCUUCCCUGGACCUGGGGAACGCCCCCUUUCUGGGUUCAGCUCACCUGUGCCUGCCAAGGAUACGGAAACAAGGGACCGCAUGGAAGCCAUGGAGAAGCAGAUUGCCAGCCUCACAGGACUGGUGCAGAGUGCCCUGAUGCGAAGCUCUGACACAGAAAAUCCUAGUGAGAGGACAGAAGGGACUAACGGAGGGACGCCUCCUUCAGCACCCCCCAGCAGAAGCAACGUUGGGACACCUGUACCUGGUCCUCCACCCCCAUCCACUUCUGGGACACCGGGCGGGCAGCCCACUGCCAUCACCCGUCUACACAUGCAGCUGCAUCUUCACGACCUGCAGCAGAAUGCCAGUGACCUCCGCAACCAGCUGCAGCAGCUGAAGAAACUGCAGCUUCAAAACCAAGAGACGGUGAAGACAAUGCUGAGGCGGACAGAGACGGAGAUCAGCGUGAGAGUGACAGACACCAUGCGCAAGCAGGAGGAUCCCCUGCAGCGCCAGCGCACCCUGGUGGAAGAGGAGCGCCUCCGCUACCUCAACGAGGAAGAGCUCAUCACCCAACAGCUAAACGACCUGGAGAAAUCGGUGGAGAGGAUCCAGAAAGAUUUGAUGCACAAUCACCGAAUUAUCUCCUCGCAAGAGCUGGAGGAGAAAUCCCUGGUGCUUAAACAGCUGGGAGAUACCUUGACUGAGCUGAAAGCUAAUUUCCCCAGCCUGCAGAGCAAAAUGCGCGUGGUCCUCCGCGUGGAGGUGGAGGCCGUGAAGUUCCUCAAGGAAGAGCCGCACCGGCUGGACGGCCUAUUCAAGCGGUGCAAGGCGGUGACCGACACCCUGACGCAAGUCCGCAAGCAAGUAGACGAAGGGGUCUGGGACUCGUCUAGUAACCUCCUUAGCCAGUCUCCAAAGAAAGUGGAGCCGGAAAGUGACUUCAGCAGGGGCUUGGAUUUCGAGGUACCCACCAGUCCCCCAAUGAACCUCCACGACCUGACUGCUUCCACGGACAGCCUGGGCACGAGCAGCUACGGGCAGAGCCAAAUGCAGAGCCACAUGUCCAAGGGUAGCAACCCAUCCCGGGGUUCAGAGAUGGUUGCUGCCAAGACCCAGACAGGCUCCGAGACCCCCAGCAAGAGGAGCGUGGACAGAUCAGUGUCUAUGGAGGCUGCCGAGCGAGACUGGGAGGAGAAGCGAGCAGCCUUAACCCAGUACAGCGCUAAGGAUAUCAACCGCCUCCUGGAAGAGACCCAAGCUGAGCUUAUGAAAGCCAUCCCUGACUUGGAGUUUGCGGCCAAGCACAAGCAGACCUCCAGCAGCGGUGGCAGUGGGAGCGCUGCCUCCACCCCAGAGCACAAGCCCUCCAAACCCCAACAUGCACAGAAGGCCACAACCAAAAUGGACCCCAGCGGCCGCCGUGGAUCAGAUGAGUUGACGGUUCCCAGAUAUCGGACUGAGAAGCCCUCCAAGUCUCCUCCCCCACCCCCACCUCGGCGGAGUUUCCCAUCCUCCCACGGUCUCACAACCACCCGUACAGGAGAGGUGAUCGUCACCAGCAAAAAGGAAUCCAGUUUCAUGAAGAAAGCGGAAUCAGAAGAGCUGGAGACCCAGAAGCCACAGGUGAAGCUGAGGAGGACUGUGUCAGAGGUCGCCAGGCCUGCCUCAACGCCCCCCAUCAUUGCCUCUGCCAUCAAAGAUGAUGACGAGGAAGACAGGAUCAUUGCAGAGCUCGAGGUAUUUCAGAGAAGCUCUUCAUUUAUUCCUAAGUUCCAUUGCGACCAGCUCACCCCUGCCGCAGACAUGUGGCCCAAUGGGGCCACCAUAGCAACCGAAGGAUGGAAGGAGUCAGGACUCUCAAAACCUCCAUCUGAUUACAAUUCCCACCUCCCUCAUAUUGCCAUUUCUGAGUGGGUGUCCAGCUUGACAUUUCCUGAAUCUCAGCCAGAAGCUGAUAAGGGGAUAUGCAACCCUCGGACCCAUGAUCACCAAUGCACCAGAGGACAGACAGGAGUCAUUGGACGGACUAUGGUGGAAAGGAGGGAGAGCCCAGAGGUCUUGUUGGGAAAGCUGAGCAAGGUUGAAAGGAAGCUGAAAGGAGGCCUGUCCAAUAAGGCCUCAAUAUGCACUCAUUCUCUGCCAGCUAAAGUGAAAUCUCAUAGAUAUCUGCCUGGAACUGGUCUUAUUUGUGACACUGAUCAUGGGGGAGAAGGAGGCUUGGUAGCAUUUGAAGAAACAAAAACGUCACUGGAAGAUGAAAUUGUUCAACUUGGAGGAGAAGAUGCUAUAUUUGUGAAAGUUUGGGGCAAGCAAGCAAGUAGUCUACAUGCAACUGUCCAAGGUAUUGGGACCCAUUCAAAAGAAAACAAAGCACCUGUUGUCACACUUGAAUAUAAGACAUUUUCUUCGCCAAUAGAAGGAGGUGAUGGGUUCAUAGGGUUGGCUAAGAGAAGCAACACUGCAGAAUCAAAAAACGAAGAAGCCAAUCAGAUCACAGAAGAUGUUCCAAUAGCUUUGAAAGGCCCUGAUGUUGCUAUUGUACCAGUGCAGAGAGGUCAUCUGACAGAUGCUUCAGAAAUGUAUUUUCCCUUGCAGCAUCCAGAAUCCCCUGGGAAUAGAGAAGUCAUUGGGUAUGACGCAGCAUCCCUGGCUCCUGUUGGUGCCAGCACAGACAAGGACGAGAUAGACACAGGUUUAGAAGACAAGCAAAAGGAAAGCACUUCUCUUGAAGACAUGACCAUAAGAAGCCGAGAGAUGUGCAAAGACACUUACCGAAGGCUGGACAACCUGGAAGAGACCAUCAGAGAACUCGAAAUGACUAUCAGUGAAAUUAGCUGCCAGGCAUCUACUGAGCUUAUAUUUGCUCAAAAUCACACUGGGCCUCUGGGCUCAGAAAAUUGCAGAAACGGAGAAUGGAAGGUGGGCACGCAUGUGCCCAAAUGCAGCCAUGCUGGUUCGGUGGUUGUGCAGCCUGACUGCCAUGAUUUAAAACAGUAUGAAGCAAGUGACAGCACACCCAAGACUUCUCCAACCAGCUCUAAACCUCCUCUGCUGCCCAAACCUCGGUUCCUGUUGAACGACGACCCACAGAGCGGUGGUGGCGUCUCGAUCCCUGCCAUGAAGAUGGUCAAUCCUGCAUCACGGCUGAAGCAAACCCAGCAAGGCAGCCCCGACAAGAGCAAGCACAUAAAACAACGCAUGGAGUACAUGCGCAUCCAGGGACAACAACAGGCCGCUAGAUCAACCAAGGACCCUAACACGAUGAAUGAGACUUCAAGCCCAGUCUCAGAAAAGCCUACUUCGAGCAGGACCUCCAUCCCAGUACUGACUUCCUUUGGGUCACGGAACUCCUCCAUUUCAUUCUAAAAGCUCCUCUGCCAACUUCUCCUUUGGUUGUUUUCCUAAGCUACUGCUAUUGGGGGACUGGGGAGUGCUUGCCGUCUCUCUCUGUGAUUUCCUCCUCCCCAGGUCUCACUGAGGCACCUAGAAAAGUCCCUCCCCUCAGACGUUUUUAAAUGUUCCUUCAAAAAUGGCCGCCCUGCGGUUCUCAUUUCCUCCUACAAAAUGGCCAGCCUUGGGACUUGGUUCCUGCUCCCCACAGGGCUGCCUUCCAAUAUCCAGAAUGGCCAAUUUAGUUUACUCUCUUAUCUUCUUCCCCCAAAUUGGCCAACCUAUUUAUUCUUUUCCUCCCCUCUUGCUACAAUAUGGCUGCCCAUCUGUUUUCUGUUUCCCCUCAGAUCUCCCAACCCCAUCCUUUGCCCCACUCCCCAUCCAUCCCAACCUUAACUUUUCUACUCUGGCAACAACUUAAUGUUGUUCAUGUAUAAUGAACAAUUAAGAAUUAUUUUUAUUUACAUUUUUGCCAGUUGCCACAGCCUGCAAGCAACGACGACACUUCUCAGUGCCAGUCUUCGCUAUUCCUUUACGAUGGGGUGGGAGGAAGGGGGCAGAAUCACUACAGAGGCUUAUAAAAGGGGGGGAGGGGAGCAACCAAUUUCUGAAGAUGCCUCAGAACCCCAUGGACAUUUGCUGCUAUUCAACUUUCCUUACAUUUAAGAAGAGAGAGAGAGAAAAGUUGUAAUUAAUUGAUUAACGUGGAUCCUUGUAGGUGUGUGCUGAGUCAUUCAUGAAUCAACGGUGUUUUGACCUUGGGGCAUGUGUAUGCUUCCAUUUUGUGGGAUUCUGUUGUUUACUUGCUGUAUCAAAGACUGUUCUGGAAAGUGGGGCAGAACUUGUGUGUGUGCGUACACAUCGCAAACCGAAAUAUCUGUGUGUGGUGUUGUGUAUUUUUUUCUUUCUUCCAAGCCAUUGGAUUAAAUUUGGAAGAAAAGCAAAGACUGG